GUCCCUGGCUAAGCACUGUCUAUUUGAAUUUAACCACCUUAAACACACGGGAAAUAGAAACGUGUAGUUUCCUAGUAAUGUGAGUCCCUUUUGAAGAGCUCUGUAGUCUGUGGCUCCGAGCGAAGGCUGUACAUCAACAGUCUUGAGGAAGAAGAGGGGUGGUUUCUCUAAAGUCUCUUAUGGUCAGAGGUCCUGGGCAGGACCUCUUACUGACAGCAACACAUUGCUUGUCUGCACCCAGUCCUAUAACAAAUCUGGGCCUUGGAUAGUAUACCAUGGUACUCAUCAGGAAUAUAAGUGUCUGAACUCCAUCAUAAUUAGAACUCUGAAUGAAAGGAAUUGGGGUAUCAUCUGUGUUUCUAUACUAUUUAAAUGCUCAUAUUAAUGAAUAGAGAGAUAUUGAAGAAGGAAUAGGACAUUCCUGGGCAAUGUUUUGAUAGUAUGGCUAAAUUCCCAACAUGGGAUGUAUUAUGGGGCUUCCAAUGAAACUAAGAGAACUAGGGUUAGGAAGGAGGAGGUGCUGAAUUGCUUCCUCUAUGUUCCAAGAGAGCUCCUAGAAAGUGAAACUGGGCUUCUGGUCAGUUAUGGGAGAACCAGUUAGCAGGGUGGCAAAGGCUGUUCCCCAUGACAUCAGCAGUCCCUUCUCUGGACAUUCGUUUUUUUCCAGAGCUGAGGAUCAAACCCAGGGCCUUGUGCUUGAUAGGCAAGCUCUCUACCACUGAGCUAAAUCCCCAAGUCCCAUGGGCAUUCUAUUGUAUCUUGGCAUCCCCUGUGAUGUCACCAGUACUGUAGCAACAUCAACUGCCUUCAGGGCAAUCCUUCUGUCUACAGGGUAGAGCAUAGACAUGCUGCUGGUAAGACUGAGGAGUCUUCUUGGAAGAGAGAAUGAAGAAUAUACGGAGAACAGAGAGAGACGGAAGGAAGUUGAUCUUGACUCUCAGAGGAAAACAACCAAAAAGGGUUUCUGGGGAAGGCACAAGGCUGCUAUGGAGUCUUCAUCCCAUCCAACCCUCCUCACCAAGAAAGGGGUGAGGAAGGAGAUGCAGAGACUGAACAUGGAGCUUCAGCUGGUGACAAGGGAGAGAAAUGAGCUGCGAGAUCAACUAUUCUUCAUCAGGAAAGGAUCAAUGCACAAUAAGCCAAACACUUGGUAUGAAGAUCUGAAGAUGGAGCAUGAGGAGGUCAUGACUGACCUACAGAGAUUGCAGAAUGAGAACACGGAGGCUUCAGAGAAGGUGGAUGAGCUUGCCAACCUGACAGUCUUCUAUCGUGGUCUGCACAGCCAGGUCCUAAUGGAACAUACUCAGCUUAAGGAGCAGGUAGCGAUGCUGAGGCAGGAGAACCAGAAUCAGAGAGAGGAUUGGGUCCUGCUGAAGCACCAUUGGAGGCAUUGAAAUUGAUGUGUGAGGACCAAGAGGAAGAGACCAGUGACCACCAAACCCAGCAACAACAGGUAGGGGCAGGCAGGUGGGUCAGGCUAAUGUCUGGCACCAUUUGCCCAUUGGAUUUUCUGUCUGCCCAUCCACUCACCUGUGCUUUCACCCAUCAUCUUACUCAUCCAUGCUCCCAUCUAGCCACCCACAUCAUGCCAUCUGAGGUGUUCACUUCAGUGUCCAUGCACAAGUACUUCUGGGAAGUUAGCCUCUUCUGAGAAACUAAAUUAUUAGCAAGCCAUGCAUGCUGCUCUGCUUGAAACUGUGGUCCAAUGAGGGAAAUGGGGCAAUAGCAUAUCAAACCCACAUGUCAUUACUAUAGGUAGGAUGCAAUGCAUAGCGCUUUGAAUGAGUGAAUUGUGGGUCCUGAGGCUCAUGUGAUUGGCAGGGGUCAUGUGAGAUCACAGAGGGCAAGCAUCUUACAAGGACGAGUAUCCCAUGUAAAUGCCAAAGGAGUCCUGGAGUAGAUCUGUCACCUCUCAUCUAGGAUGACAAUGUAGAUUAGGCACAUCUGAUGAAAUGCAGAGUUGAGGUGACCCUCCUUGGGCCUGGGUAUGGGGUAAGGAAUCCUUGAUAGCAAGAAAGAUCUCCAGCUAAGCAGUGUUGGGAGGAUGCUCCAGGUCAGGCACAGUGCAAGAAGGCUGCUGCAGAGGACACAAGCAGGUGGACAGCAUGACCAUGCAAGCUUGGGACAGAAGAGGGACGAGACAAUUGAAGCUGCCUUGACCAUGGCAGAUCUCAGAGUAUAUUGAGGAAGGGUGUAGCUGGAGGGGUUCUCUCCAGGUCCCAUCAUGCCCCCACAGU